GUAUAUAGUUUGUGUGACGUCACUGCCGUCAAGAUUUGCAAUUUGUCUUCAGCCAAACGCUAUUUUUGGGUGUAAUUUCUUGAUAUUUUGCUAAAGUGGACGGGAAAAGUGUUUUAUUGAUUUAAAAUGAGUUGCAAUAGAUCUUUCUGUUUUCUCCUUCGAUGUGGACAAACAACAAGGUUACUGUCCCAGAAUUGCAGUAAAAGUAGCCUCGGAGGUACCCAUAGCAAAUUCCUGGGCAAUCUUAUGCAAAUUCCGCGAAAUUGUGUCGUUAGACGAUGGACAGGAAGUUAUGCCACGGGGAAUCUCAGUGCUGAUGAAGCUAAUGAAUUUGUGGAUAAUUUGUCUGCUGAAGAAAGGGAGAAUCUCAAAAAUGCUCUAGCCCAAUAUGACUCAUCCACAAGGCGCAAGUUUGAAGGACCUCAACUGGGAACAGCACGAUGGCGAAGUGGACGAAUGCGGAGGAUAUCGCAAGAUGCAACAGGCCGAUCCGGCGAUGAAGUCGGCUCCCACUGUAAAUUGCCUGAUGAGUAUCUGGAAAAGAAAUUGGCGGAAGUUAAAUCUCCUCCAACUAGUAGCCAAAAACUCCAGUUGUUCUUAGUGAAUGGAUUGCCCUUUAUUGGAUUUGGUUUUCUUGAUAAUUUCAUGAUGAUCGUUUGCGGUGAUUACAUUGAGCAAACUCUUGGCGGUUACAUGUGUCUCUCAACGAUGGCAGCUGCUGGAUUGGGAAAUACGAUUAGUGAUGUUGUUGGUCUUGGAUCAGCCGUUUAUGUUGAGAGAUUGUGCGAGGUAAUGGGCUUUAAAGUUCCACCCUUAUCGAAAUUUCAAAUGGAAAUGAAGGAAAGUCGCCGAAGUGCAAGUUUUGGUCGAAUUUUGGGAAUAACAAUUGGAUGUUUAAUUGGAAUGUUUCCUCUUCUGUUUAUUGACACUGAGAAGAAAAAAGAAGAUGGAAAAGCUGAUGGGAAAACACAUUGAAACUGCCAGCAAUUGUAGAAUGAAUCAAAUGAAAAGCAAAUAAUAUCACGUAGGAAAAAAAAUUAUCAAUUAUUUAGAAAGACAAAUCAAAUAAUUUAUUGUGCUAAAAAAUACAAAUAAAAAAUGCGAAUUGUUGGACAAAUGGCCAAGAAACAAAUUAAAAAAAAAACAAAGAAAUUUAAAAGCAAAAAUAUAAAUGUUGUGACAAAAAAAAUCUACUUAGAAAGUUUAGUAGAAUAUAAAGCUUUAACGAAAUGAACACUCAAACUAGUGACAAAAGAUAAAGAACGUUUCUUCCAAACGAUAAAAUCUCUGUAAAAACGAAUUUGUUACAUCUUUUUUAAGGAGAAAAAAUUCACCACUUCAACGUUUCACAAGGUGCUAUUCCUGAAUUUUCUAUAUUUCUAGGGCAUGUAUUUUUAUUUUUGAAAUAAUUUUCUCUAAUUCUUGCCUAUCUUUCAUAUCCUAUGCUAUAUUGCAUUUUAGGAAAACUAUGCAGGAAAUGAAGAAUCAAAUAGUUAUCUAAGAUAGCGAUCUAACUCUGUAGAUAAAAACACUCAGAAAGAGAUUAAAAAUAUAUACAUUAACGUAUUUAAUGUAAUUUAGGGAAAUCUUUGCAAAAGAAAACUAACUUUUACUGACAGUUCUAAUAUUAAACAUGUGAUACACAAAUUUGCAAAGGUAAAUUAUGAUAAUAUCAAACUUAAAUGCAUAUACAGCUUUUGAGGUCAUUUUAUGUAAAAGAAAAAUCGGUCUUUUUAUUGUGAAUUGUGAAAUAUCAAUGAAACAUUAGGUUAAGAUUAAAGAAAAAUCGUUCACAGUUUGAUCUACACAAUUUUUUACUUAUUCCACAAAAAAAACCAUUGGAAAUUCCUACAAAAGUAUAAUAAAUUAUUGAAAAGUAAUAGAAUUCAUUAAAUCAAGAAAAGAAACGGAAAUCUAAGAAACAUUGCAUUGUUCAAAGUUAGUGAAAAUAUUUUGAGGUUAUGUAAGACAUAACCUCUCAAGAACGGAGACCGUCAAGAUUGGAAGCUUCACAAUUCAAUGUAGAAUGCGAAUCUCAACUAAAAAUGUUCAGAAUUUUAAUAUUUUAUACCCUAGAAUCAUUUCAAAAUUACCAGAAACGGCUAACUUUUUGAGGUUAUUAAUACUAAGCAUUUUAAUAAAUUCUUCCUUUAGAAGGUAUAUUGAAGGAUUAUGCCGGAGAAAAUAUGCACAGUAAAGUUCUUCAUAUAUGAGUUCCGUAAAUAUGAGCGACGGUUGAACAUAAAAUGUAAAAUUUGAGGUUAUGUGAAGAAAGCUUUCUGUUGAGUUUGAAUUAGAACCAUUUUUCUUCGGUGACGUGUUGCAACUUUCAUUCAAAAAUACUUUGCUCAAUGUACAUUUUAAGGGAAACGAGAAAAACCCAUUGUCCAAUUCUACCCCUGGCUAAUUGUACCCCGGUCUCCUCUAUUCACAUUUGGGUAGUGAGAAAUGUCAUAGGGUAACUGUGCCAAAUUUCGGCACAGUUGCAUGCAAGCGUCAAAGUCUGAAGUUUGAAAUGUAAUAUUUUAAAUACAAAUUGAUUUUUUUAUUCUUUCUUCUGAAAGAGUGUUGCUUGGAACCUUGUAAAGAAUUUACCGUCUUUAUUUACUCUAAAAUCAUUCUUAAUACAUUUUAAAAUGAAUAAAAAUAUAGACAUAGCUUUGGUGCCCUAUUUCGGACACCUUCAUUCUCAUAGUUCCCUGCCCUUCGGGAAUUCUUCCAAUAUCUUUUUCACGUUAUCUCGUUUGACUAAGCUGCAUUUUUUGUUAUUCUUUUGCAUUGUAUAAUCUCUAGAGUACGUAAAAUCUAAAAGUUCAUGGAAAGUCGAGGAACAAAAAAGGUGGCCGAAAUUGCAAGCUGGCCGGAAUUUGGCACACUUACCCUAUAUACUCUAAUGUUCAUAUUUGCAGAACUUAUUAUACAGUAAAGUUCUUGAAAUAUGAAAUCCAAAUAUGAUCGGCAGAUCGAUGAAUUUCAGAUGUAAAAUUUGAGGUUAUGUAAAGACAAUUUUUCGUGUAGUCUCAAUUAGAACCAUUUUUCCCUGGCACUUUCCCAAUACUAUCGUAUUAUAUUAAUUUUAUCAAGAAAUUCCAUUUAUUUAACGAUAAAUUAAGCAGGUAAAUCCUCUAAAAUUAUUUUCCUUGAUUUAGAAUAAGUGUAUUUCACAUGAUUUCCACUACGUCUUUAAGAAUUUUGUUCACAUUUGAGAAUUCGGGAUUAAAAUGUCAUUAUUACUCUCCAAACAUUCAUAUUUGAAAAACUUGAUUGUAUACACAGUGAUUUUGUAAGGUUAAACAUAACAUAACCUAAUAUUUUUAGAAGAAAUAUUUUGCCUAAAUAAAAAAAUGAGACGUAUUAUUACAAAAAGAUUUUAGGAAAAUAAAAUUAAAUCUCUUGAAAAAAUGAUACAAAUUGAAAUCUAAAUAAAGAUCUCAAAUAUUAAUAUGAGAAAUGCACAAAAUAUGAAAGUAAGGGGAAGUGGGGCACUUUUGAAAUUGGGAUUUUUCACCUAUUUUUAAAUAAAAUUCAGCCUUAUCGUGAUAUAAUUUAGGUGCACAAACAGACUGAGAAGCUAAAUUACAUUAUGAUAUGGCUCAGUUCCAUUUAAACAUAUUCUCAAUUUCAAAGUUUCCCCACUUCCCCCUAGUUAGAAUUUGCAGGCAAGUUCAAAGAAUACUUUUUUACGCUCUUAAUAAUUUAUCUUUUGUAUUCCUUUAUUUUUAUUCAACAAUAUUCAUUGGAGAUGUUUACAAAAAAUGUCUAACGACAUCAUUCUCUUUACUGAGCCAGGAGGUUAGUCGAAAAAAUAGGUUAUGUGAGACAUAACCUCAAAUAAGUAAAUAUAUUUUUUUAGCAAACUUUAUCAGGAUUUUGUCUGGAUGUUAUUUAUAUCAGUAAUUUAGAUUGAAAUAAGAAGACCUGACUAAAACAGAGUUACUGAGCGUGAAAAUUUGUGAUUGUGGUUAGAUUUUUCCGCAUUUCUCACACUGAUCAACAAAGUGAACCACACAGUGUGGCGGAAACGAAGUAAAUUUUGAGAAGGACUAGAACUUCUGUGGAAUACCACCGAUCUCCGCAACGAUCGAUUCCACUCUGACUGGUCUCACAGAGGCAACCCACCUGUGGGAACCAGUUUCCACAGUAGCACAGCCACUCGAUAUAGAAAGGAUAGAGAAGAAUAGGCAGAUCUAUGAGCCUUAUCUACUCGUAAAUGGGAAGAGGAAAUAAUGGGGUUUUUUUUGGAUGGUACCGCUACAACAGAUUUUUUUAUCUCUCAGGUGUUAGAAAUAGCGUUAAAAUUGAAUUUAAACCUUAAAACUUCGAAUAUUCCUUUAGUUGGAUUUGAGGUUAAGUCGAAUAUAACCUCAAAUGUAAAACGUUUUUUGUGCGUUUGAAGCUUAUUCCUUGUAGAACUCAAUUUAAUAAAAAUACGCUAGUAAAUUAUACUUCUUUGAAUUGAGAAUAAUUUUAUUACAAGCUCGUGAUUUGGAAUACAAAGGCCUUUUCUGAGCCUUGCUUUCCAUCUUCAGUCGAAAAGCCUCAAAAUUUAGUUUAGAAAGAAAUUAAGAAAAUUAAUAAUGAAAAACAUUUUUUUAUUUUACACCCAGUUUAACGUCUGUUCUUUGGAUUGUAUUUCUUACUUAAUACAUUUUUAUUAACAAUUGAUACAGAACAUCAAUAAUUCAAUUUUUAUUUAAAAAUAAUUAAAAAAAAAUCGUAUUGAAAAUUCCCGGAAAAAUUAAAUAAGAUAGUUCAAGAGAAAAAGGUUUGAAAAAUUGGUAAAUUACAAACUUUGUAGUUGAACAAAUCUUUGUUUGUAUAAUUUGUAAUUUACAAACAAAAUUGUCAUUUUACAGAGUUUGUUGAGUUGCAAAGUUACUUGCAAAUUCACAAAUAUUUGACAAUGAUUUUUUUUUGAACACUUUAAAACAGAAAUUCAUAAAAUACUUUAAUAAUAGUUAGUUCAUAAAACAAUUAAUAUUUAAUAAAAAAAUAAAAUAAAAAAAUUAAUAAACAUGAAAAAUAAAAAAAGAAAGGAAGCAGCUUUUGAAAAAAUUCAGUUGAUAAUUUAUUAUUUAAUAAAAUCAAAUAAUUAAUUAUUAAUAAUUUCUCUUUUAUAAUAAAUGAUCUCAAAAGCUGAAUAUGCUUAAAGUGUUAAUUUCGUGUUGACUUAAUUCCUAUUCCUAGUCUUCAUUUUACAAAGAGAAUUUCAUUGUAAAUUCCUGAAACGAACAAAUAUUUUUUAUAAUUAAAGUGUUUUUAUAAUUUUAAAUUAUUUUAAGCCUAGCAUUGUAAACUUUUAGAAUUUCAUUUAGAAACUCUUCACCUGCUUUGCGUAUGCGUAAAUUAUCUUAUGCUGGAAUUGACUUUAAAGAAGUAGGAUCAUCUAUUAGAGCAUUCACGCCAAGUCCUUAGGGUAGUGAUACUAAAAAAAAUGCCACAACUGCAGUAUUUUCAAAGUAUAAAAGACAAAUGAAAAACAUUUAUCAAAGGUGAUCUAGACGUUUCUUCAAAUAUACAAAGAAAACUUCCAUGAAAGGCAUCCAUUUUAAGAAGCAUAGCGGUCAAAGGAAUUGUAUUUAUAUUGUACUUGAAAUUGACCUAAUCUUCAUAUCCUGUUUGAUGGAAUUUUCGAAAAAGUUUAGGACCUGAAGUCAUGAAAUAUUAUAUACAGAGAGAAAAUGAUAUUAUUGACAACUUAAUAAAAAAAAAAUGGAACACUUAGGAUUUCGACCAAUAUAUUUAUUUGAUAUUUUGAAAAGAGUACUUAUAAAAGAUUGAAGAAGUAUUUACCAACUAAGAACUCAUCUUAUGAUGUAAUCUGUCCUAAAAAUGAAUCAUCCAAAAAUAAAGUCUUCUAUGUUUUUAACUAUUUA